AUGCAGUCCCCCUCGGUGCUGAUCUUUGCCACAGUUCUGGCUCUGCUUCACGCCCCAUCGUGCAGCACAGACCCGGGUCCAGUUCAGGCCGCCUUCCCUCACCCGAACAAGUACAACCCGAACGAACCGGAAGGGUGUCUCCUGCCGCCCAUCGGUGGGCUCCUCUCCCGCGGAGCAGGUCCCGUAGCUUCAACGGACGAGGUGUUGGAGUCCAGCCAGGAGGCCCUGCUCGUCACGGAGCGUCGGUACCUGCGACUGGACUGGUGCAAGACGCAGCCGCUGAAGCAGACCAUCCAGGAGGAGGGCUGCCUGAGCCGAACCAUCAUCAACCGCUUCUGCUACGGACAGUGCAACUCCUUCUACAUCCCGCGGCACACCUACCAGGACGGGAGCGCGUUCCAGUCCUGCUCCGCCUGCAAACCCAAAACGUUCAGCACCGUCACGUACACGCUUUUCUGUCCGGGACAGACGCCCAGCACGCGGAGGAAGCGGGUCCAGCGCGUGAAGCAGUGCCGCUGCGCCACCGUCAAAACGGAGUGAAGCCACUUUGGAAAUAAAACGGACU